AAUUGGUAUGAAGCAAAUCAAUACUGUAAAGGAGGGAAUAUGGCUCUCCUGAGUCUUGAAAAUGAAGACGAGGAUCGGCUAGUCUACAAACACAUUAAAUCAACACCAGCACUGAACAGCGAAUUGUACUGGACAUCAGGACAACAUAAUCUAAAAUGGGAGUGGGCCGAUGGCGAAUCAAUCAAUUACACAAAUUGGAAAACGGGGAAAUCGGAACCUAACGAGGAAAUUAAAAACGAAGCCUAUUUAUAUCUCGACACCAGUUACGAUUUCGAAAGUGGAUAUUGGUUUGCGUCCAAUAACUCACGUUUACUUCAAUCUAGCGAUAAUUCGUCGUUCUCCCGGCCUAUGAGUUUCAUCUGCGAAUCAUAAAUGGCUUAU